AACAAGGACAAGACAACCAAUCUCAAACAUAUAUGCCUAUAGCUGAUGACGUUUCCAGGCUGCCAUAUGUAGGGCAAGUGUUCAGUUCUUUAGACGAGGCAUUUGACUUAUAUGGAUUGUAUGGAUAUUCAUGUGGGUUCGAUGUCCGCAAAGGCACGACCAGGAAAGGCAAAUAUGGUCAGAUAAUAUAUCAAACAUUUGUUUGUGUCAGGGAAGGAAUUAACCCGGGUACCAAUGAUGAGCAUGCAGAGACGCAAUCAAAAACUAAAAAGAGGCGACGUAAACCAUCUACCAGGUGCGAUUGUAGAGCAAAUGUCAUAAUGAAAAGACGGGACAACGGUGAAUACUAUGUUAGCGUUUUCAAUGAAGCUCACAAUCACGAAUUAAUUUCUGAAGAUUGUCGCCAUUUCAUGAAAUACAAUCGGAAGGUCGAUUCUUCACAUCAACUGAUUCUGCUUAAAUGUGCUAAGGUUAAUAUUGGCCUAAUGCGUGCAUUUAGACUAUUCAAAGAAUUGGUUGGAGGCUAUGAAUAUGUGGGGUGCACAAGCAAUGAUUUCAAAAAAUUUUCAUACCAAAUGAACAGUUAUCCGGAUGGCUCCGAUGCUCAGUUGCUGUUGGACAGAUUAAUCACUAAUCAUGAUCUUGAUGACCAGUUCAAGGUUGAGUACCUGCUAGAUGAAUGUCAGAAGGUGAAGAGCAUAUUCUGGAGCGAUGCCAUUGGUGUACAAAACUAUAACAUUUUUGGAGAUUCUGUUUCGUUUGAUGCAACAUACACUACAAAUCGAUACAGCAUGAUAUUUGUACCAUUCACCGGGAAGGACAACCAUGGCGGUUGCGUUACGUUUGCAGCCGGGUUACUAACCAGGGAGGAUGUGCAUUCAUACUCAUGGAUCUUGAAACAAUUUGUCGAAUGCAUGGGCCACAACCCAACCAUGUUGAUAACAGACCAAGAUCCGGCAUUGAAAAUUGCUGUUGAAACCGUUAUGCCUGAUACAAGACAUAGAUUCUGCAUGUGGCACAUAAUGAUGAAGGUAGCACUGAAGCUUCCAAUAUCACUUCGGGAGAAUGCUGAUUUGACGAGUAGAUUAUAUGAAGUGGCUUGGUCGGAGUUGGACGAACCUAGCGAGUGUGAAGAAAAGUGGUUAGGGGUCAUAAAUGAAUAUGGUCUGGCAGACAAUUCGUGGUUUUCAGACAUGUUCUCCAAGCGCAAGUAUUGGAUUCCAGCAUAUUUUCGUGAUUUGAGGAUGAGCGGACUUUUUAGAACUACGUCCAUGUCAGAAAGUGAGAAUAGUUUUUUCCGUAAAUAUUUGAAUCGGAAUUCUAACUUGGCUUCUUUCUACAUCCACUUUGAAAGUGCUAUGCAGGCUCAGAGGCAUUCCUACAAACAAUUGUGCAUGACUGACCAGACAACCACUCCUAAGUUGAAGACACACUCGCCCAUAGAGCAGCAUGCGAGUCGCAUCUAUACCACGAAAUUUUUUUUAGAUGUGCAGAUAGAGAUUACCGAGGCAUUCAACCGUUGUCGCAUAAAAUCCAUGGACACAGCACACGAAGACCAUAUGUAUGCAGUGGAUGACAGAUCCAAUGGGGUGUCCAAUGUUGCUUAUAAUAUGGUAGCCGAUACCUUUACCUGUUCAUGCAGAUUGUUUGUGAAGAAAGGAUUGGUAUGCAGACACAUGUUUGUGGUGAUGCAUAACAUUGGUCUCAAAGCUAUUCCUGAGAAGUACAUUCUUGAUAGGUGGCGGCAGAAUGUUGGAGCACAUUUCAUUUCAAAGGGCCAAACACAAGCAAGCAAUAAGCCGCUUAUGUCAGAGGUAUUUAGAUGCAUUGCAGUCGCUGAUGGGAAUGAGGAAUUAUCUACUUCCCUCAUAGCUGAACUUAAGAAAUGGGCAGAUGCAAACGAGCCUCGGUCUUUGAAUUCUGCAAAUUCAAAGGAAAGAAUCUUUCAGAUGUUCUACGGUUCCAAACUACCCACUGAAAUUACUAUUCAUCCACCUGAUCCUGUAAAAACCAAAGGUAGUGGAAAGCGUUUGAAGUCAACGUAUGAGAAAGAACUUCAAAAGGCCAAGAAACCAAAGAGGCUGUGUCGGAAAUGUGGACUUAGGGUGCGUCACGACUCGCGCAAUUGUGGCAAAGUAAUUGAGGAGGACAGUGAAGAUGAAUAAUAAUCAUAUUUGAAUUUGAAUUUUUAUUAGAUACAUUGAGUUUUAGAGUAUGCUACAUUGAUGCUCAUUUUAUUAAUUUUCUAUAUUUUGAAUAACAUAAAACGAAUUCUUUUGGUUUUA